AUGGAGAUUGUGAACAACGUGAUGUGCCUACUGACUGACCCAGAGGGGAUUCCCUUGGGACCAGCCAUGUACCUUCCUCAAAACUCUGGUCCUCAGCAGCUUCAACAGAUCGUGAAUCAGCUUCUUAAUAAUGAGGAGAAGUUACCAUAUGCAUUUUAUAUAUCUGAUCAAGAGCUUCUUGUGCCGCUUGGAACGUAUUUGGAGAAGCACAAAGUUUCCGUGGAGAAGGUACUCUCAAUAGUCUAUCAACCUCAAGCUAUUUUUCGGAUCCGCCCAGUUAAUCGUUGCUCAGCAACAAUUUCUGGUCAUACAGAACCUGUACUUUCAGUCGCAUUUAGUCCUGAUGGUCUACACUUGGCAAGCGGUUCAGGUGAUACUACUGUUCGCUUGUGGGAUUUGAAUACCCAGACUCCAUUGCAUACAUGUACAGGACAUCGGAACUGGGUUCUCUGCAUUGCCUGGUCACCUGAUGGUAAGUAUCUAGUUAGUGGGAGCAAGGCUGGAGAACUUCAAUGUUGGGAUCCACAAACAGGAAAGCCAAAUGGCUACCCGUUAAAUGGACACAAAAAAUGGACUACUGGUAUCUCUUGGGAACCAGUUCACCUGAGUGCUAGUAAGCAUAAAUUUGUCUAA